GGGACGCUACUCACCAUGGUGCUGAGGAGGGUGCACCGGUCCCGAAGCUGCUCUUACCAGCUGCUGCUCGAGCACCGGCGCCCCAGCCGCAUCCAGGGGCUUCGCUGGACGCCACUCACCAAUAGCGAGGAGUCCCUGGACUUCAGCAUGAACCUGGAGCAGGCCUCCUCAGAGCGGGUGCUUAGGGCUGGGAAGCAGCUACAUCAACAUCUCCUGGCCACCUGCCCAAACCUCAUCCAUGACCGGAAGUACCAUCUCAGGCUCUAUCGGCAGUGCUGCUCUGGCCGGGAGCUGGUGGAUGCGAUCCUGGCCCUGGGGCUUGGGGUCCAUUCCCGGAGCCAGGCUGUGGGAAUCUGCCAAGUGCUGCUGGAUGAAGGUGUCCUCUGCCAUGUGAAACAUGACUGGACCUUCCAGGACCGAGACGCCCAAUUCUACCGGUUCCUUGGGCCAGAGUCAGAGCCCAUGGGAGCUCAUGAGGUGGAGGAGGAGUUGGCGGAGGCCAUGGCUCUGCUCUCCCAGCGGGGGCCCGAUGCCCUGCUCACUGUGGCGCUUCGAAAGCCCCCAGGGCAGCGCACAGACGAGGAGCUGGACCUCAUCUUCGAGGAGCUGCUGCACGUCAAGGCUGUGGCCCACCUCUCUAACUCGGUGAAGCGGGAAUUAGCGGCGGUUCUGCUCUUUGAACCACACAGCAAGGCGGGGACCGUGUUGUUCAGCCAGGGGGACAAGGGCACCUCGUGGUACAUUAUCUGGAAGGGAUCUGUCAACGUGGUUACCCAUGGCAAGGGGCUGGUGACCACACUGCACGAGGGAGAUGACUUUGGGCAGCUGGCUCUGGUGAAUGAUGCACCACGGGCAGCCACCAUCGUACUGCGAGAAGACAACUGUCAUUUCCUGCGUGUGGACAAGCAGGACUUCAAUCGCAUCAUCAAGGAUGUGGAAGCAAAGACCAUGAGGCUGGAAGAACAUGGCAAAGUGGUGUUGGUGCUGGAGAGAGCCUCUCGGGGUGCUGGCCCUUCUUGUCCCCCAGCCCCAGGCAGGAACCGGUAUACGGUGAUGUCUGGCACCCCAGAGAAGAUCCUAGAACUUCUGCUGGAGGCCAUGCGGCCGGAUUCCAGUGCUCAUGACCCAACAGAGACAUUCCUCAGUGACUUCCUCCUGACCCACAGCGUCUUCAUGCCCAGCGCCCAGCUCUGCGCUGCCCUCCUGCACCACUUCCAUGCGGAGCCUGCAGGAGGCAGGGAGCAGGAGCGCAGCACCUAUAUCUGCAACAAGAGGCAGCAGAUCCUGCGGCUGGUCAGCCAGUGGGUGGCCCUGUACGGCCCCAUGCUCCACACUGACCCUGUGGCCACCAGCUUCCUCCAGAAACUCUCAGACCUGGUGAGCAGGGACUCCCGACUUAGCAACCUGCUAAGGGAGCAGUGGCCAGAGAGGCGGCGCCACCACAGGUUGGAAAAUGGCUGUGGGAAUGCAUCUCCUCAGAUGAAGGCCUGGAACGUGCCUGUUUGGCUCCCUGGCCAGGACGAGCUCCUCCACAGCAGCAAUUGUGCCAUCCGUGCUGGGGACAAAGUCCCCUAUGACAUCUACCGGCCGGACCACUCUGUGCUGACCCUGCAGCUGCCUGUAACAGCCUCAGUGAGAGAGGUGAUGGCGGCAUUGGCCCAGGAGGACGGGUGGACCAAGGGGCAGGUGCUGGUGAAGGUCAACUCUGCAGGAGAUGCCAUUGGCCUGCAGCCAGAUGCCCGUGGUGUGGCCACAUCCCUGGGGCUCAACGAGCGGCUCUUUGUUGUCAACCCACAGGAAGUGCACGAGCUGACCCCACACCCUGAGCAGCUGGGGCCCACUGUGGGCUCUGCUGAGGGGCUGGACCUGGUGAGCGCCAAGGACCUGGCCAGCCAGCUGACGGACCAUGACUGGAGCCUUUUCAACAGCAUCCACCAGGUGGAGCUGAUCCACUACGUGCUGGGUCCCCAGCAUCUGCGCGAUGUCACCACCGCCAACCUGGAGCGCUUCAUGCACCGCUUCAAUGAGCUGCAGUACUGGGUGGCCACGGAGCUGUGUCUGUGCCCUGUGCCUGGCCCCCGGGCCCAGCUGCUCAGGAAGUUCAUCAAGCUGGCGGCCCACCUCAAGGAGCAAAAGAAUCUCAAUUCCUUCUUUGCGGUCAUGUUUGGCCUCAGCAACUCAGCCAUCAGCCGCCUGGCCCACACCUGGGAGCGGCUGCCUCAUAAAAUCCGGAAAUUGUAUUCGGCCCUCGAGAGACUGCUGGACCCCUCGUGGAACCACCGGGUUUAUCGACUGGCUCUCACCAAGCUCUCGCCCCCCAUCAUCCCCUUCAUGCCCCUUCUUCUCAAGGACAUGACCUUCAUCCAUGAGGGAAACCACACACUAGUGGAAAAUCUCAUCAACUUUGAGAAGAUGCGAAUGAUGGCCAGAGCUGUGCGGAUGCUGCACCACUGCCGGAGCCACAGCAGCGUGCCUCUCUCACCACUCAGAAGCCGAGUUUCCCACCUCCAUGAGGACAGCCAGGUGGCGAGGACUUCUACAUGCUCGGAGCAGUCCCUGAGCACCCGGAGUGCAGCCAACACCUGGGCUUAUAUCCAGCAGCUGAAGGUCAUCGACAACCAGCGGGAGCUCUCCCGCCUCUCCCGGGAGCUGGAGCCGUGAGGAGGGGCUGGGCUGGAGCAGGCACUUCCCACUGGGAAAGCCAGGGCAUACCCGGGCCAGGAGGCCCGCAGGCUGGCUGCAGCUGAGCAGGGCUCUCCGCAGAGUGGACUCGAGGCCCUGGAGUGGGCGGCAUGGAGGCAGCUGUCCCCUGUGAUGACUUGCAGCUAAGGAGGACCUUGGAGUAGAAACAAGCUAGGGCCCAAGAC